AUGUCCCCUAUCAAGCGUGUCGCUGUCAUCGGCACAGGGCCGUCUGGCGCUAUUGCAGUGGAUGCCCUGGUGCAGGAGGGCGCAUUCGAUGUUGUCCGAGUGUUUGAGCGGCAGGAGAAAGCCGGUGGUAACUGGGUAUCGCGAGAAACCGAACAGGCAGAACCACUAGACAUCGACAGCCUCUCAACACGCACGGCAGACAAGCCCGUUGAGAUCCCCGCAAAUCUACCGCGGUACACGCCCUCUGUGACAGCGCACCGCUACACAGAUUCACAUAUCUACCCGGGGCUGCAUACGAACGUGGACGCCUCGGUCAUGGAGUACUCUGGGCCAGAGGAACGGAUCCCUGAAACCCGCUCAGACUGGUCUGUUGGGCUUCACGGGCCUGAUACGCCGUUCCGGCAUCAUCGGGUCAUCCGCCAGUACGUCGAGGAUCUGCUCAGUCGGAAUGGGUACCAGGAUCUUGUGGAGUAUAACACGACCGUUGAGCGAGCUGUCAAGGACCCCGAGACGAAUACGUGGGUUUUGACCCUCAGGAAACCUGGGCAGUCGCGGAAACUGGACUACUGGUGGACCGAGACGUUCGAUGCACUGGUGGUUGCGUCUGGCCAUUACCAUGUCCCCUAUGUACCGCCUAUCCCCGGGUUAAAGGAGUUCGCGGAGAGAUAUCCCGGUUGCGUGGAACAUGCGAAGCAGUAUCGUGGACCGAAGAAGUAUAGAGGAAAGAAAGUCAUAACCGUCGGCGCCUCCGUCUCCGCCGCAGACACGGCUGUAAGCCUGAUCGACUCUGCGCAAUCACCCAUCUACGCUGUCGUGCGCGGCAAAUACAACAUCUACUUCGGCGACGAAGCAUUCAAGCAUCCCAAGAUUGAGCGUCGUCCGCCAAUCGCCCGGAUCGACAGCGACAAUGAGGCCAGGACGGUACAUUUCGAGGAUGGCACCUCCAUUUCCGACGUCGACCAUCUUAUCUUUGGCACAGGGUUUACGUGGACUCUACCAUUCCUGCCACAGAUUCCAAUCCGCAAUAAUCGCGUUCCGGAUCUGUAUCUACACGUGUUCCAUCAGUCGGACCCGUCACUGGUGUUUUUGGGCGCGGUUGGCGCCGGCCUAACGUUCAAAGUCUUCGAAUGGCAAGCUGUUGCCGCAACGCGCGUCCUGGCCGGAAAGGCUACCCUGCCACCGCUCUCCGAGCAGAAGAAGUGGGAGGAAGACCGGAUCGCGGUCAAAGGCGACGGGGCAGGGUUCCUGAUGGUGUUCCCUGAUUUCGAGCAAUACUUUGAGCAGCUCAGAGCGCUGGCUGGGGAGCCCGCAAAUGGAGAGCCAGGCAGGAAAUUACCAGAGUUUGACCGGGCAUGGCCGGAUGAUUUCGCCGCUGGACAUUUGCGGAGGAUUAGAAUGUGGAAGAGGGCAAACGAGGCGGCCGUCGAGGCUGGAAAGGGUUUACUUAAUUAA